AUGUCCGCAAACCAAACCCACGAGGAAGGCCACUUCGCCACAACAUUCGAGCGAAAGUACUACCACCGCGGCCGCGCAUUCAUCAAGCGCAGCCUCCGCCCACACGAGUACCGCACCGGCCACCGCGGCCUCCACAUCCCGCCCCUCAACAAGGAACGCCUCCUCAACGAGGCCGAAUCGCUGCACUUCAUCAAGCAGCACACCGACGUGCCCGUCCCGGCCGUGCACUGCCACUUCGAAGACGACGGGGCGUACUACCUCAUCACGGAGUACGUCGACGGCGUGAACAUGUCCGAUCUGCCCGAGGCAGGCAAGGCCGUCGUCCGUAGAGAGCUCGAGACCCAGCUGGCGAAACUCAAGGCGCUCAAGUCAAGUCGUCUGGGCGGCCCUUCGGGACUCGUGAUUCCGCCGUAUCGAGUCCUGCGGCGUGCAGAGACGGACCACCACUGCUGGGAUCCAACACAGCGGCGGCUCUCGAGUCAUGAGACUGAAUACGUCUUCUGCCACAACGAUCUGUCCCAGCAAAAUGUCAUUGUCGACCUGGAUACGCUCAAGAUCAACGCCAUCAUUGAUUGGGAAUAUGCGGGCUUCUUUCCCGCCCGCUUCGAAUACCGAUUCUAUCGCAGACUCGGCCCUUCCGCGGCCAUCGACGGGGAGGCUGACGACUCACUCGAUUUACUCAACUUUCUACUUUCUGGAAGAGUGGCAACUUCCUAUAAAUGA